AUGAACUCAGAAGACGGAGAACUGUUUGUCAAGCAAUUGGCUGGCUUUGUGCGCACGCAUGAAAAGGCCCUUGCCAAUGCUGCUCAGUUUCAGCGCCGCACAGCUCGUCAUCGCCCAACCCAGAGCACCAACUCUGUGGCCGCCGUGCCCAGCUCUCCUUCCAUCCCCGAGCGACCCGCCACCUCAGCUUCUUCCGUUACGACCCCGCUUGCCACUACCUUCUCCCUCGGCUCCCUCGGUUUGGCCUCGAGUAGUGUAAAAUCCGCCAGGCUUGCUCUCACGCCCCACCACCUCUUCUACCUCCUUUCGCGCUUCGAGGAACUCGGCAUUGCCGUGGGACCUAUGAAGAUUCGUCUCGAGAACCUUCACUCCAGUUCCGCCUCGGCCAACUAUGUCUCCUUCCUCGGAAAUACGCCGCGCCCCAAGGAUCCCGAUGCUGUCUCCAUAUCCUCCGUCUCCAGCGUCCGUAGCGUCAUGUCCAGCAUGUCGGCUCUGUUUGCCAGCUUCGGCAUCGGAGCCAGCAUCUCAGCUGCCCGGACCGAGCGCCAGCAGGCUGCCGCCCAAGCCGAUCUUAAGUACCUGUACUCCGCCUUUACUAAGAUCCCCUGCCUCCGUCUGGCCCCUGAUUGGCGCGCCCGCUUGAUCCGUGGAUAUGAGGAGUUCCCCUUCGACUCGGCCGUCCCCCUCUACGCUUUUAAGAAUCUGCAGGCCCUGGAGGUGAGCGGCAUCGAUUUCCGCCAGUUCUUUGGCUGGGACCGCCUGGCUGAGCAGCUGCGCUCCCUGACCCUCAAGCACGCCGGCAUCGAUGAUCCAGCCGAUAUCCUCAUCGACAUCGUUCUCGACGACAUGGACAAGCGCCGUCGCCGUACCUCCAAGUCACAGUCUUCCCCCGCCACGUCGUGGGGCUUCAACGGCAGCUCGCGCAGAGGCUCCGUCGUACCCGAGCUGCAGCGGUCGCAUACUGUUCCCACCUGGACCGACCCUCGGCCCACGACCCAUGAGCUUGGCGUUGUAGGCUCCCUCACCAGCGAACAUGCCAUAGACGACGGUAGCAACUCGGAUACGGCCAAGCCCCAGGGGCAGCAGUGCCAUGGCAGCGACGAUCCCGCUGUGCCUAAGUCGCCCGUCAAGGCGCCCACCCGCCCCCGCAGUAACUCUCCUUCGCGACUCACCGGCUCGCGCAAGAACUCCCACCAGCAUACCCGGUCCUCGCAGCGCACCCAGCGCUCCGGCUCCGGCAGCUCCCAUUCCAGCCUUUCCGACUCUUGGCACCACCACGCCCGCAGCAGCAGCUCCACCAACCUCCUGUCCAUCGACAUCCUCCCCGCCUCCAAGUGGCGCUUCCUGCGACACCUCUCCCUGGCCGACAACUCGAUGACAUCGAUAUCCUCGACCAGCCUGGCUCCCCUCUCCAACUCGCUCUACUCGCUGGACCUGUCGUCCAACCUCUUCGCUGAGAUACCCGACAGUCUGGCCUCUCUCACGGCGCUCCGGGCUCUCAACCUUUCCCAGUGCAUGAUCGACUCGCUGCACUCUCUCACCCGUAGCCCCCUGCCUGCCAUCACUGCUCUGAACCUUCGCGCCAACCGGCUCCAGUCGCUGGCCGGGGUGGAGAAGCUGUACCCCCUCGAGCGCCUCGACUUGAGAGACAAUCGCCUCACCGACCCCUCGGAGCUCGCCAGACUCACCGGCAUCCCCGACAUCCGCGAGAUCUGGGUCGAGGGCAACCCCUUUGCCCGCACGCACAAGGACUACCGUGUCACCAUCUUCAACCUCUUCCGCAAGACGCCCGGGUACACUGAGGAUAUCAUCAUCGACGGCACCGGCCCCAGCUACUCGGAGCGCCGCAGCCUAGUUGAACGCGCCCCCAUACCCGACUCGGUGCCCGUCGUGAAACCAAAGGCCCCCGAGGUCCCCACCGUCGACAUGUCCAAGCCUACCAUUGUAUAUGGCUCUCCCAAGGAUGCCGCCGUGGUGCGCAGGGAGCGACCCACACCCAAGGCAGUCUUAAGCGAGGUACAUACCGGAUCGACGCGCCGCCGCAAGGCGCCCAAGAGGCGCAUCAUCGACCUCGCAACGGGUGGGGAUGUGCCGGCCGUGCCGCCCCUUAACAUACACGUACGAAAUGAUGCGGCCGCGACGUCGCCCGUCGAUCGUUCCGAUUCGGCUACCCCAGAAGAGAACAACUACCGCAUCUCGCAUGUCCCGCAGACCCAGCAGCUCCAGCCCUCUGUCAUCCUGACAGACACCCGCAAAGGCAAUGUACCGCGUGCAGCUGAGACCAGCGGCGAUGCGGCGACAACGGCUACGGGUCGUUCGGAGAAUGUUGAGAACACGACCAGCCCCACCUCUCCAAAGUGGAAGGUACCUGACAAUUGGCACGCCGAUGCUGAGAACUACCGUCUCAAGAUUGAGACCUUGCGGGACAAGGUCGGCGACGGAUAUCUCAGCGCACUGGGCGACCAGGCCUGGGCCUCGAAUCCGUCUCCCCCCACCACCGUCACCGCGCCAACGCUGCCCACGGGUGGUGCUGUUGGUGGUGCAGCCAUCAGGCCAGUGACACGCAACGCGGACUCUGCCCAGUCUAUCCAGACUAUUCACGACGGUCGCACCCUAGGACAGCCUCUUCCCUCAUGA